AUGUCUGCCAUACAGACUGAGCCAUCGCGGGCGCACCCGCGUCGUCGGCCUGUCUUAAACACCGCCCUUCCCACACCGUCGAGCGACUCGCCUGACUCGAAAAAGCCUUUGAAGAAAGGAGAGACUUUCCAUACCCCCACUUCUCCUCCAUCGAGUGAUCGCGACCCUGUCUUGAACUUCCGCUCCCUACCUCAACGCUCGCCAACAUCGUUAGAAGCCAUCGCUGUUGCUGAAGAGCGCAUGACUUCCAUCCUAGGCCGUUUGACUCUCGAAUCUACCGAAGACCAGAGCUCGCAGGUCGCUGGAGGUGAGAAUCCUCAGGAUAGUGGGUUAGGGCGCAGUAACUCCAAGUCUAUGUCUAACUCGCCGCCUUCCUCGAAUGAAGAGGGUCGCAGCAGUCCCAUCCCAAUAGACGAGAAAAACGCCUGCCAACAGCAUAGCCACGAGUCAGACAGUGGACUGGGAACCUCUGUUAGUAGCGAAGAGGGGCUCGCUGACUCGCAAAAUAAAGUGAAAGAUGGUAUUCAUGACAAUCAAUCUGCCAUUACAAGCUCUAUUUCGGCCUUUGAUUCUGGCUCAUCGCCAAAACGUCAAUUGGGCCCAGCCGCCUGCAAACAGAUUGAACGUUUUGUGCUUGUUCCUAUUUUGAAAGAGCCCCGCUUGAAACCAUUCCAUCCAUUGGUCCGAAGUGUCCCCCAGCGCAUUAUCAAUAAGCAGAUUGUGUGUUUGCGUGACCUCGAGAAAACCCUAUUGUGGUUGGCGCCGGUAAGUCAAUGCAUUGUUCUAUUCAAUAGGUCUAUGGAGUUCUGGUUAGCUUAUUCUUAUUCUUUUUUACUCUAUUUAAAGAACUCCGCCACUUCUCGGAAUUCAUAUCUCAACUUCUGCGAGUUUACAAUCCAGUGCUUGCAUACUUCGGCUUCGCACCUCAACGAUCGUGAUCAACGACUACCGGCCGAUCGACCAUACACUAACGGAUACUUCCUUGACCUUGUUUCACAGGUUCGACGAUACGCAGCAAUGGUUCGUGCUGAACGUGAGCGAGUCCAGGCGACUCAGGGCUCCGAGUCUAACAAGGAGUCUGAAUCUGCUAUCAUCCCCCAGGCUACUCUGGCAGGUGGUCUAUCCCAGAACGGGAAGUCUGCUGAACUUGUAAUCAUGCAAGACGGAAAGCAAAUUUCCAUGGCCACUGGAAAGCCCUACGAGGCGGAUGUUCCUGGUGCUGCCAAGCGUACUAUCAACCUCGAUGAUGCGGUCGACGAGGGCGUUGAGCGCUCUAUGGCCCGCCGCAAGAAGGAUGCUCCUCCCAUGAACAUCAAUCAAAAGUGCGCCGACUGCGACAAGGUCUUUAAACGCCCUUGUGACUUGACGAAGCACGAGAAGACACACACUCGCCCCUGGAAGUGCGAGUACACAGACUGCAAUUACCACACCAAAGGUUGGCCCACCGAGAAAGAACGUGAUCGCCACAUGAACGACAGGCACUCGGCCAAGCCCACCCUUUUCAAGUGUCAAUUCCACAAGUGCCCCUAUGCUUCGAAGCGUGCCAGCAACUGCAAGCAGCAUAUGGAAAAAUCCCAUGGAUGGGUUUACGUUCGAUCCAAGAACAACGGCCGCAAUGGCAGUAAGCGAGGCUCCUCUGCCCAGGACACUCCUCAGACUCCCAGCGUGUCAACUCCUGCUUCGAAGACAACGGACUUCGCCUCUCCAAUCCCUGGCCCCAGUCCUUCUCCUAGCGACCAGACCUACAACUGGCCGGAGAAUCCCCAGUUCAACUUUGCUGACCCUCCUUCGCUUGCCCAUGGGGCGGAUUUCCCCCUAUUCGGAGAAACGUCACCCUAUCUGAUGACCGAUAUUAACUCGUUCCCAACCACGGUGAACCUGAGCGGCUUCCAAAGUCAAUUUGAAGCUGGUGACCCGAAUGGCUUGAUCCCGGCCCUGGAAAUGCACCGCCAGUCCAUGAACUCCAUGUCUAUCCCAUCUGCUGAAUCAGUUCCCGACUUGAUGGGACCUGUGUCCUUUGACGGAUCCCCGCUCACCGGCACUGAAAGCAUCAACUUCGACCUGGAUUGGAGCAACCUGGACUAUCCAGCCAACGAGGACUACAGUGCGAUGGCUGCGCAGCUCCCCCAGGGUCAUUCCCUCGAGGUGAUGAAGGGUUAUUCGAAUGACUACGAGCAAAUGAACCUCAAUCACUAUCCCUACGAUGCCUCUGGAAAGCCCUCCGGCCUCUCUCCUGGUGCACAGGGCAAUGCCAUGUUGUACUCACCGGACUCUUGCAAUGUCGGUGACACUCUUUCUGAGCGCUACGAAUAUGGACUCCAGGCCCAGGCUGGUAACGAUUUCACCCUUUACAACCAGAGCGCUCAGAUUGGUCGCGGUGCUCAUCCCAUGAUGCAAACUCCCAGCGACCACUCAGCUCAAUACAAUCAGCCUCAGCAGAUGUUCCCCUCUCUUGAGCAGGAGCGCGCUCUGCAGAGCAUGCAGCCCUGGAAUGGCCAGCAGCCCCAGGGGCAUUACCUGCCUCGCGACAUGGAGCUGGAAUUCAUGAAGUGA